UAACACUGAUUUGUCUGUAAUUGGUAGAUCAGAGGAUAAUCUUCCCAAAAAAAGAAAACUGCUUGGCAUGUCUCAUCAAAUUUUGUGGGGAAAAGUUUCGGAAAAAAAAAUGUUAGUCACCAGAAGCAAUACAGAAGCCUUUCUGAAAGGUGAUAGGGAGUACCAAGGUGUAACUGAUCCAUUAGAAAUGGUACAAAUAGUACGUGAACAUCCAGAAGUGGGGUUUUUAUAUCUCACCAAAGCUGUGCCAAAGUCUUCUGUACACUACCAUCCAUACAGUCUAAAGGUUGUUAAGUAUCAAGACAUUGACAAAAUGAACUAUUUCACUAUUAGUCCCAAUGGUGUGGUCCAAGUUACAGAUGGAGUAGCUGAAUUUACCCACUUGCACAAUUGGGAAAGGGAAUACAAGCUGUACUUGAAACUGACAAAGAUUCCAACAUUUGCAAAUUUCAGACUUUGGAAAGCAUUUAAUGUGUGGAAGACAAAUGUUCUUCAUAAGAAGAAAUUAGCUUGCAUAGAGAAAUUAGAGGAUUCUCUUUUCAUAUUAAAUCCAGUCCUUCAGAAAGCAUUAUUCAUGAUACAAAAAAUGUGUCUCCAAUUGAGAAAAGGAAGGUUAUUCAGAAUAGAAAAAGGAAAGACUUGUACUCUAGAAGAAUUCACCCACAUGACAAAUCAAGAAUGUUUAGAGGUUAGUGAAAAAUUGGUAGACUUCAGAGUUUUUCUCAAGCAGAAAGUGUUCAAAAGUUUUCUACUUUUCAUGGAAAGUAAAGGAUUUUAUUUUGACUUACCACCAUCUGAAAAACCAUCAGUAUCGGGAGAAGAAGUACCAACACUUAAGACUGAAAAAGAAACAAUGGAACAAUUCUUUAUGUCAGAUGUGUCUGGUAGCAAAGUAAAUCUGAAUGAGUAUUCAUAUGAGAAAUCUCAACAGAAAAUGCAAGUAGAAGACCAAUUACCUUCUUUUUCUGAACUUCAGAUGGACUUUGAAAAUGAAAAUGAGACGUCUUAUAUAGCACAAGCUCAGAAGAGACUUCUCUGUACUCGUCUAACCAAGUUUUUGCACUUAAUUGACUAUAAGAAAGCAAGCCUCUUUCACCAAAUGGUUGUAAACACAGCAAGUGAUUUUUUAAACAAGUUGAAAGAAAAGUUAACAGGCCAUACAACUGAACUACCUGACACUGGUGAAGAAGAGCAUAAUGUGAUUGAUAUUGAAACAGAAAUGGAUUUGUCAUCUGGUAUGAAUAAACCAUUUUUUAUUGUCAAAUUGGUUUUGGAAGAAAAUGACCUUGCAUUUCAUCCUACCUUUGAGGAAUUUUCAACAAAUAUUAAACAAGCAGUGGAGAAAAGUAAAAAAGCAGUGGAGACAUUUGAAAAUUUAGCCUCUGAUGAUUAUUUUGAAAGCUUUACAAGUCCUGUUAUAAAUGGUAAACAAGAAGAAAAUGAAGUAGCUGAAGGUCCAGUUCUCUUAGAAAUGUUUCAAGAAGAUGAGAAUUUGCAUAAGUUGCUUCUUGAUAUUGAACAAACUCUCCAAGAAGCAUUUGGAAUGGCAACAAAGCAGGCUGAAAGUUAUCGACCACUUCAAGUGUUUUACCUUGAAAAUGAAAAAUUGAAUUUAGCAGAAUUAGUGAAACACGAAGAAGAUGUUCAGUUCUAUUCCACAAUGUUAUCCAAGUUUCAUGAACAACAUAAAAUGGUUGAAGCUGUUCCAAAGUUUGAGUCACUUGGAUUAAUACUCGUGGAUAAUACUGUUUUACGGGCAGAGAUACUUCCUUCACCCUUGAAGUGUAUCGAGAUACUUCACAAUCGGCUUCCAAAAUUAGCAAAAAUAAAAGUGGACUUGCUCUCAAAUGAGACAAACACUGCCCAAUCAAAAUUAAUGUCCACCCCUAAAAGCACAGUAGAACUUGUUGAGAGGCUGAUAUUUCUUGAUAAGAUUGAGCGAAGGAUAGAAGACAUGGAAGCAGGCUUAAGUGUGACUAGACAGUUUUAUGAUUUAAUGGACUCGUACAGUGUACUGGUUCCUCCUGAGGAUAUUGCUGGAUAUUCAGCUUUAGGUGGUUUGCUAAGUCAUUUGCAGACAACUAUCGAAAAUGAAUCUUCAGAAAGAGAGACAUACAUAACAAAUUUGAACACAUCACUUCUUAAGGAUAUUGAAGAACUCAAACAAGAAGUGAAAGAGUUAAGAAAAGAUGUUGAGGAGCCAUUUCUUAUGGAUGUGAACGCCGAUCCACGGAAAGUUACAGACUUACUUGCUUCCUUGGCUGUGAGGUUUGAACAAAUAACAGGACAAGCAUCCCAAUAUAAAGAAUACCAGAGAGAUUUUCAGUUUGAAGUCACCCACUUUGAAGAAUUGGAAAAAGUAGUAUCUGAACUUCAUCUAAAGCAGUUGCUAUGGAAUUCUUUCUUUACCUGGAACACUUUAAUGCAAGAAUGGAGAGAGUGUGAAUUUGAAAUAAUUAACCCAGAGCAUCUAACAACACAAACAACAGAGUAUCUUAAAACCAUUCAACAGCUUGAAAGAGGUUUACCAGUUAAUAGUGUUACUUUAUCUCUGAAAGAAAACGUUGAAGAAAUGAAAGAAAAGGUUUCGGUUAUAUCUUACCUACGAAACCCAGCCAUGAAACCACGUCAUUGGGAUUUGAUUGAAGGUGUCUUACAACAAAAACUAACUUCUGAUGGACCUCUUACUUUAAAGAAAUUAGAAAAUUUAGGUGUUUUUACCUUUCAUGAAGCUAUUCAAGAAAUAUCUAGUCAAGCAAGUUCUGAAAGCAGUCUGGAAGUGAUCUUAAAAAAGGUGGAAAGUGCAUGGAAAUCAGCAGAGUUUAUAGUUUUGCCUCACCGAGACUCUAAAGACGUCUUCAUCUUGGGCGGAACAGAGGAAAUACAGGCUUUGUUAGAUGAUUCUAAUGUUAAUAUUGCCACCAUUGCAAGCUUUAAACAUGUGGGGCCAAUCAAGUCCAGAGUGGAGGAAUGGAGCUGCCAAUUGGAUCUUUUUGGGAAAACAUUGGAAGAGUGGCUAACUUGCCAGCAUAACUGGUUGUACUUGGGUAUAUUCAGUACUCCUGAUAUCCAGAGACAACUGCCAUCUGAAGCUCGCAUGUUCACAUCUGUUGACAAAUGUUGGAAAGAAAUUAUGCGGAAGGUUAACAAAAUUCCUUUGGCCAUGCGAGCUGCAACUCAGUCAGGAAUGCUGGAAUCAUUUCAGAACAAUAAUGCACUAUUGGAUCAGAUCAUGAAAUGCUUAGAAGCCUUUUUAGAGUCUAAAAGAGUGGUCUUUCCAAGAUUUUAUUUUUUAUCUAAUGAUGAGUUACUGGAAAUCCUAGCUCAGACGAGAAACCCUCAAGCUGUGCAACCUCAUCUUUGGAAGUGUUUUGAUGCUUUAGCAGAAUUAGAGUUUGGAAAAGACUCCAAUGAGAAAACCCAAACCAAUGAAAUUUUAGCAAUGAUUUCACCUGAAGGAGAAAAGGUUUUACUAGGAAAGGGAUUGAAAGCUAGAGGAAAUGUUGAAGAUUGGCUACUAAAAGUAGAAGAAUCCAUGUUUGUUUCAUUACGGAAGUUAACAAAAACAGCUUUGCUUGAUUAUGAACAGAACAAAAGAGAAAAUUGGUUUAUGAAACAUGCAUCUCAGAUUGUCUUGACUGUAUCACAAAUACUGUGGUGCACUGACGUAACUAAGAUUCUUGAGAACGAAGCUGAUUCUUUGGUGAAACUUGAAGAGUUUGAAGCAAAAUGUUUUAAAGAAUUAAACAGGAGUGCAACUUUGGUCAGAGGAAAUAUUCCAAAGUUAAACAGGUUGACCUUAUGUUCUCUAAUAACCAUUGAUGUCCAUGCCAGAGACAUCAUUAGUGGGAUGGUCAGAAACAAGAUCACCAGGAAUGACAGUUUUGAGUGGUUGAAACAGUUGAGAUACUACUGGGAUGUGUAUGCUGAUGACUGCAUUGUUCGAAUGUCAACAUAUGAGUAUAAUUAUGGCUACGAAUAUCUUGGUGCUUCUCCUCGCCUGGUGAAUACGCCACUCACCGAUCGCUGCUAUUUAUGCUUGAUGGAUGCUCUUCAAUUAAACUUAGGGGGAGCACCUAUUGGCCCUGCAGGGACUGGAAAAACAGAAACUACAAAAGAUUUAGCCAAGUCAGUUGCAAUUCAGUGUGUUGUGUUUAAUUGCUCUGAAGGACUUGAUUACAAGAUGAUGGGUCGUUUCUUUGCUGGGUUGGCUCAAUCUGGUGCAUGGUGCUGCUUGGAUGAAUUCAACAGGAUUGACAUUGAAGUACUUUCAGUUAUUGCCCAACAGAUGAUGACUAUCAGAAAUGCUAAGAUGUCAAAGCUUUCUCGAUUUGUAUUUGAAGGAAGUGAGAUCAAGUUAGUUCCAACCUGUGCAGCAUUCAUCACUAUGAACCCAGGGUAUGCUGGUCGAGCAGAACUUCCUGAUAAUCUGAAAUCUUUAUUCCGGACGGUUUCCAUGAUGGUACCUGACUAUGCUCUUAUUGCGGAAGUUAUCUUGUACUCUGAAGGUUUUGAAUCAUCGAAAACACUAGCUCAUAAAAUGACACAAAUGUACAAGUUAUGCUCUGAGCAAUUAUCACAACAAGAUCAUUAUGACUUUGGUAUGCGUGCCAUAAAAUCUGUUUUGGUCAUGGCUGGUUCCUUAAAGAGAAAAAAUCCAGAUAAGAGUGAGGAGGUUGUUCUUCUUCGUGCUUUACAUGACAGUAAUCUUCCAAAAUUCCUGACAGAUGAUGCAGUUUUGUUUGAAGCCAUUCUUCAAGACCUGUUCCCAGGAGUUGUACUUCCUCAGCAUGAUUAUGGCAUGCUUCAAUCAGAAAUUGAGAAAAGUUUAACUUCUAAGGGUCUACAACCUGCAGGUGCUAUGGUAAAGAAGAUCAUACAGUUAUAUGAGACUAUGAUUGUGCAUCAUGGAGUCAUGUUAGUUGGGCCAACUGCUGGUGGAAAAACUACUUGCUAUAAGAUCCUGCAAGACACUCUGACUAACUUAAAUAAUGCUGGGGUACAGAAUCCAUACUUCAAACCUGUACAUACCUAUGUUUUAAAUCCCAAAUCUGUCACACUGGGAGAACUUUAUGGAGAAGUCAACAGUCUGACUUUAGAAUGGAAAGAUGGCUUAAUGGGGAUAAUUGUUAGAAAAGCUGUACAGGCUACAAAUUCUGACCAUCAGUGGGUUAUCUGUGAUGGACCUAUUGAUGCUGUGUGGAUUGAAAAUAUGAAUACUGUUCUUGAUGACAACAAAAUUUUGUGUUUGGCCAACAGUGAAAGAAUUAAGCUAACACCAUACAUUCACAUGGUGUUUGAAGUGCAAGAUCUUGUCCAAGCUUCUCCAGCUACUGUUAGUCGCUGUGGCAUGGUGUACGUUGAUCCAAAGGACCUAGGCUGGCGACCCUCUGUUAAAAGUUGGGCUUCUAGAUUACCACCUGAAAUAAAUAAUGAAGUGAAGGAUCAACUCCUAAAUCUAUUUGAUAAGUAUGUAGAUGAUGGGCUUACAUUUGUUCAGAAGAAUUGUGUUCAAGCAAUGCCACAGGUUGAAAUCAGCAUGGUGACCACUCUUUGUGCCUUGUUGGAAUCACUUCUAACAAAACCAGAAGCUUUAAGUUAUGACCAGAGAUCAUCAACUUUUCGAACAAUCCUUAGACAGACUUUUGUCUUCUGUUACAUGUGGGCAGUUGGUGGAAACUUAACAGAACCUUCCAUGGAGGCAUUUCAGCAAUUUUUGUACUCCCAGUUUGAAGAUGAUACUGAGACAAAGUUGCCAUCUGAUGAGGAGCUGCAGAGAUACUAUGUCAAUUUCUUGAAUCAUCGAAUGGAGAAGUGGGAUAAAGUAGUACCAAAAUUUACAUAUAAAAAUGACAUCUCCUUCUUUGACAUGCUUGUGCCAACAGUAGAUACAGUUCGUUUUGGGUACCUCAUGGAGCAUUUACUGCAUGUAAGGCAACCAGUGUUGUUCACUGGUACUACAGGAGUUGGAAAAUCAGUUAUUGCUCGUAGUACCUUAAACAAUAUUAGUGAGACAGCUUGCUGCUAUGUGCCUGUUUUUAUCACUUUUUCAGCCCAGACUAGCAGUCAAAUAAUACAAGAAAUGGUGGAGAGUAAGCUGAUUAAACGAAGGAAAAAUGUUCUCGGGGCUCCUUAUGGAAAACAUAUUAUUAUUUUCAUUGAUGACCUCAAUAUGCCACGAUUGGACAUUUAUGGUUCUCAACCACCAAUUGAACUUCUUCGGCAAUAUCAAGAUUGUGGUGGAUUUUAUGACAGAAAAAAGUUAUUUUGGAAAGAAAUUCAGGAUGUAACUCUUGCGGCAGCAUGUGCCCCUCCUGUUGGUGGUUGUAACCCUGUAACUCCACGUUUUAUACGCCAUUUCAGCACUCUUUGUAUUCCUGCUUCAAAAGAAGAAAGUUUGAAACACAUCUUUUUUACCAUUAUAUCGGGAUUUUUGUCAAGCUUUAAUGAAGAAGUCCAUCGCUUUGCACGUAAUAUUGUUGAUGCUGCAAUUGAAAUGUAUGGUAGAAUGAGUACUGAUUUUCUUCCAACACCAGCUAAGUCUCACUAUGUGUUUAAUCUCAGAGAUCUAUCCAAAUUUGUUCAGGGAAUAUUGCAAAUUGAUUCUACAGUUAUAAAAAGAGGACAACAAGUGUUUAAUCUCUUCUGCCAUGAAUGUCAGCGAACAUUUCAUGAUCGCCUUGUUGAUGAAAAUGAUAAGAUGUGCUUCAACACUAUUCUAACUGAAAUAUCAUCUAGUCACUUUUCAAUACAGCUGGAUGCUGCAUCCCUUGUAAAUGAACCAAUAAUAUUUGGAGAUUUUAUAAAAGUUGGUGUUCACAUGGCUGACAGGUACUAUGAACAACUAACUGACAUGGAAAGAGUGAAGUUUGUACUAAGUCAGUAUCUUGAAGAUUACAAUUUGUCAGCCUCUAAGGAGAUGAAGCUAGUGUUCUUCCUUGAUGCAAUACAACAUGUUUCUCGGAUUGCUCGAAUUAUUCGCCAGGAGAGGGGAAAUGCCUUACUGGUGGGUGUAGGUGGCUGUGGAAAGCAGAGUUUAACAAAACUGGCUAGCCAUAUGUGUGGCUACAAUUGUUUCCAAAUAGAAUUGUCUCGAGGUUAUGACUAUGCUGCUUUCCAGGAAGAUUUAAAAAAAUUGUAUGAAGCAACAGGCAUUAAAAAUGAAAACACAGUGUUCCUUUUCACUGACACACAGAUUGUAAAGGAGGAAUUUUUAGAAGAUAUAAUCAACAUUCUAAACUCUGGAGAGGUUCCCAACCUUUUCUCUACAGAUGAAUUUGAAAAAAUCAUUAUUUCUACAAGACCUGCUGCUAAAGAAGCAGGAAUAUCUGAAGGUGAUAAAGACAGUACUUAUGACUUUUUCAUCUCAAGAGUCAGGAGGAACCUUCACAUUGUGCUGUGCAUGAGUCCUGUUGGUAGUGCUUUUCACAACCGAUGUCGUAUGUUCCCAUCGCUUUUGAACUGCUGCACAAUGAACUGGUUUACUGAAUGGCCACCAGAGGCUCUCCUUUCUGUAGCUGUAACUUCUCUGGCCAGUGUAGAUUUAGGAACUGAUGAUGCAGUCAAAAAGAAAAUUGCACGAGCAUGUGUGAUUAUACAUCAGAGUGUUGGCAUUAUGGCCACUAGAUUCUUCAAAGAGUUAGGUCGCCACUAUCAUACUACCCCUUCAAACUACCUGGAACUUAUUAACUUGUAUCUGUCCAUGUUGGAGAUCAAAAGGAAGCAACUUGUACAGGAUCGAGACAGGGUUAAAAAUGGCUUAACAAAACUGAUAGAAACUAAUACACUUGUUGCUAAGUUGGAGAUGGAGCUGGCUACUUUAGAACAAAAGUUGAAAGAGAAAUCGGCAAACACUGAGGCUCUUACGGCAAAGUUAGCAGUUGACCAGGAAAAUGCUGAGGAGGUCCGAGAAGUUGUCAAGAAGGAGAAAGGAAUUUCUAAGACUAAAGCUGAGGAAACUGCUCUGAUUAAAGCCGAUGUACAAAGAGAUCUUGAUGAAGCUUUACCGGCACUAGAAGCAGCUAUGAAAGCUCUUGAUGCAUUAGAUAACACUGAUAUAUCAGAGGUUAGAGUUUUUACCAAGCCUCCAGAGAUGGUGCAGACAGUGAUGGAAGCUGUAUGUAUUCUUAUGAACACAAAGACUGAUUGGACCUCAGCUACACAGUUGCUGGGUGAACCAACUUUUCUGAGACGACUAUAUGAAUAUGAUAAAGAUAAUAUCUCAGAGACCACUACAAGGAAAUUGAAAAAAUAUAUUGAUGACCCUAAGUUUGUACCAGAAAUUAUUGAAAGAACAUCUAAGGCCUGCAAAUCGCUGUGUAUGUGGGUGAGAGCUAUGGACCUCUAUGCAAAGGUAUUUAAGACUGUGCAGCCCCAACGAGAACGUUUGGCUUCAGCUGAAGCAGAGUUAGAGGAGGUAAUGUCAGUGUUGAAGCAGAAACAGGACAGACUGAAAGAAGUAGAGACUCAGAUUGAUAAGCUUCAGUCUCAAUACCAGAAAAGUGUGGAUGAUAAGCAGAGGCUAGAAAACAACAUUGCCCAGACUGCUGCUAGGCUCAAAAGAGCCUCUCACAUUACCUCAGCUUUAGCUGAUAAGCAAGAUCAUUGGAUAUAUUCUGUUGAAAAAUUCAACGAAGAAAUAACAAAUGCAGUUGGGAAUGUCUUUAUUGCUACAGCAUGUGUAGUUUAUUAUGGUGCAUUCACAAGUCAGUACAGAAAAGAGCUCUUAAACCAAUGGAUAAGCCGCUGUAAGGAUCUAGAAAUUCCUGUGUCUGUAGACUUUUCUUUGGUCAGUGCCUUGUCAGAUAGUUAUGAAAUAGAGAAGUGGAAUACAGAAGGUUUACCAAGAGAUAAUCUUUCUACAGAAAAUGCUAUUCUUGUCACAAGAGGUUGCCGCUGGCCACUCAUGAUUGAUCCACAAGAUCAGGCUAAUCAAUGGAUUCGCAAUAAAGAAGCAUGUAAUGGCCUAAAAAUUAUCAAGCUAACAGAUUCAAAUUUUUUGAAGACCUUAAGAAACUGUAUUCGUUUUGGAAUUCCAGUACUCUUAGAAGAAGUUGGUGAAACCUUAGAUCCUUCCCUGGAACCAAUUCUUCUGAAACAGACUUUUACACGAGGAGGCCAUACUUUGAUUCGACUGGGGGACAGUGAUAUUGACUAUGAUAAAAACUUUUACUUAUACAUGACCACCAAGCUUGCCAAUCCUCAUUACCUUCCUGAAGUUUGCAUCCAAGUUACUGUUAUUAAUUUUACUGUCACCUGUUUAGGACUUGAAGACCAACUAUUAAGCAAUGUUGUAUGUUUGGAAAGACCAGAUAUUGAAGAACAAAGAUCUCAACUCAUCAAAGACAUUGCAGAAGACAAAGCUCAACUGAAGAGUUUAGAAGACAAAGUUCUACAAUUGCUCUUCACGUCAAAAGGAAAUAUUCUUGAUGAUGAAGAACUGAUUGCCUCUUUAAAUGAAUCAAAAAUGACCUCAACUACAAUUACAACCAGACUUUUGGAGGCUCAGCUUACAGAAGAAAAUAUAUCUAAGGCCAGAGAAAAGUAUCGGCCUGUUGCAGCUAGAGGCUCAGUAAUGUACUUUGCUGUAGCUGGUAUGGCUGAAAUUGAUCCUAUGUAUCAGUAUUCACUGAAAUAUUUUAGUCAGCUUUUUAGUCAGUGUAUAGAAAAUACAGAGAAGCAUGAGGAUUUGAAUGUUCACAUCAGAACCUUACUUCAAAACACUGCCUUAUCUGUUUAUAUCAAUGUCUCUAG